CUCAUAUCUCACCCACAAUCACAUAUACUUGAUCUCUCUGUCUCAGUGGGUGGGUGAGCUGCAGGCUGCAGUGGCAAUUUGGAGAUCUAAUUUGAAGCAAUUAAGCAAUGGCUGCAGGGAAGAAGCCGAGCCUUGUGAUUCUUCCUCUUAUCAUUAUGCUGCUGCAGCUGCUUCUUGUAGAAGAGAACAAUGCUGUCAUCACCGAGUCUCCCACUCCGCAGCCUCAACCUACGGGGAACUUCCCUAUGUAUGGUGCCACUCCAGGCAGCCUUCAUCCUCAAGAGUGUGGUGGUCGUUGCACGGGGAGAUGCUCGAAGACGGCGUACAAGAAGCCGUGCAUGUUCUUCUGCCAAAAGUGUUGCGCCAAAUGCCUGUGCGUGCCCCCGGGAACCUACGGUAACAAGCAGCUCUGCCCCUGCUACAAUAACUGGAAGACCAAGCGUGGCGGCCCCAAAUGCCCUUAAUUAUUAUUAUUACUAAACUAAACUUAAAUAAAUUCCCUACCCCUUCCUUCUCUCAGUAACCUUAUUAAUAAUUCUUCUACUUUACUUUAGUAUGCCUACAUGUAUAGCAUUAAUUAGUGUUGUAUUUUUCUUCAUUUUUAUCUAUCAGAAGUCGUACGUAGUUAUUAUUCGCAAUCGCAAUGGCAAUGGCAAUGCAUAUUUAUUUAAAUUUUGUAGUCAAUGUUUG